UCGCUUGUUUAAAAGUUGUUCUGGUUGACCCUGUGGAUUGAAUUGGCUAUAGCCCGGCGUGGAAUUGCUCUAAAGCUCAGCCUGUCAACCUCAAAACGUCACAUUUUCAAAUGCCCAGAACCCUUCAAUCCAUUUCAUUGCAGGAAAUGGCUCUAAACCCUGCAUCCCUCACUCGUAAAACCCCGCUCCUAAACCGGUUCGUGGGUUCUUCUCGUAGACCCUUUUUGCAUUCUUGUACUACAUAUAGGAUUGCAGCAACUCCAGUUCAGAUAUGGGAAUUUAGGAGCACUUCUGUGUGCCAGUCUCACCCGCAUGCUCUGCAUUCUCACUCAUUUUCCCUCAAUUCCGGCAUUGGAGUCGUGCUUAAGGACUUGGGUCGUUCUGAACUGGGUUUAAGGCAACUGGGCUAUGACCGGUUUCGUCUUUCGGUUAUCUCCGAUGGUGGGUCGGGUGGUACUGGUGGAGACGGCGGCUCUGGUGAUGGAAAUUAUGGCGGCAGAGGUGAAGGGGGUGCCAACGGUGAAGGCGGUGGCGGUGGUCGUGGUGAAAACAAUUGGUCAUUGCUUUCGUGGUAUUUGGAUCUUCUUGCAAAGUAUCCAGUUGCAACAAAAGCUCUGACAUCUGCUCUUUUAACUCUUAUUGGGGAUAUGGUCUGCCAGCUUGUCAUUGAUAAAGCUCCGUACCUGGACCUGAAAAGAACGUUCUUGUUUACCCUGAUGGGGCUGGUGUUAGUAGGUCCGACGUUGCAUUUCUGGUAUUUGUAUCUAAGCAAACUGGUAACGACGCCUGGAGCAUCAGGUGCAUUCCUGCGCCUUGUACUUGAUCAGUUUCUUUUUGCUCCUACAUUCAUUGGAGUUUUCUUAUCAACAUUGAUGACGCUGGAGGGAAAACCUUCACAAGUUGUACCCAAGCUUCAACAGGAGUGGUUUUCUGCUGUGCUAGUUAAUUGGCAACUGUGGAUACCUUUCCAAUUUCUCAACUUUCGGUUUGUCCCACAGCAAUUCCAGGUCCUUACUGCUAAUUUUAUAGCUUUGACAUGGAAUGUUAUCCUCUCAUUCAAAGCUCACAAAGAGGUUCUUCAAAAAUAGAUAUGGGAUAAUUGCAGAGAAGAAGCUGUUUCCGGGAGACCUUUGUUCCGUUUUAGAAGGUUAAUGUUGUACGCUUGAAAGAACUAUGUACCAAUGGAAAGUUUUGUAUCGGCGUUUUGGGGUCGGAAUUCCUGUAGCUUGUCGUUUAAUGUAAAUUGCUAGACUGGUAAUGGAAAUUGAAGUGUUUAUGCC